UACAGUCAAACAGGAAGCGCGUAAAGCUCACGGCUAAAUUCAGUCAUAUUUCUUCAUGUCAGGUCCAGUGUACAAUGCAACUUUACAAAGUUAAAAAUAACCUAUCUGCAAUGUCAUUUAUAUGCACGUUGUUGAACAUUUUCGUUUGGAGUUUGUAACACAAGCUUUGCAUCAAUGCAAACCUGCUAGCACUGAAGAGGUAAAAGGGUCAAAUUAAUGGAUUGAGGACGAAGAGAGUGAAGAACUUGCAGUGUUUUGCUUCACAACACCUCAUAUCAGGAGCCACAGUCACCUGCACCUAGAAUUCCUUAAGCUUUCAAGAUUAAAGUAUGGCUGCUCUUGAUGCCUCUAGAAAUGUAACGGAAGCGGAGGAUGCCGCUCGACUUCUUAGUGACGCCAUCAACUCCAGAGACAAAGAUGAAGCAACUAAAUACCUGAAUCAACUUCUGGAUCUGAAACUCCCAGUGAGCGUCAAAAUUAAUCCAGAUGCAUAUUCUCAAGACAACAUCAGAUUAAGAGUUGGAGUGGCUGAUGCUGAAUCAGAACAUCACAUCCCAAUAACAGUGAUGGUACCAGUUUACAUGACAAUAUCCGAGCUGAAGGAAAAGAUCAACGGUGACUAUGGCUUCCAUCCGUCUCUCCAGCGCUGGGUGAUCGGGAAGCGUCUCGCCCAGGACAAAGAAACCCUUUAUUUUUAUGGGAUCCGAAACCACGAUGAUUCUGCCUUCCUCUUCAUCCGCUCUGCUCAGUCUGUCAAUCUGCGCCGCGAACAAGAGAGAAGAGAGAAAGAGGAGAGGCAGAUCGAUGUUAUAAUGGAGACCAUUGAACGUCCUCUUCAACGUCCACCAGAGCGCAUCACUAGAGGAAACACUCGCCCUGCUCUACCUCCAAAACCCAAAUUUCUGGAUGGUUGGGCAUGUCCUCAGUGCACGUACCUGAAUAAACCGACACGUCCAGGUUGUGAGAUGUGCAGCACGGCGAGACCCGACAACUAUCAGGUGCCGGACUUGUACCAGCCGGACGAGUCUGAAACCAGGAGACUACAGCAGGAGGAACUCGCCAGCCUGCAGUAUGAGCAGUCUCUGUUACAAGAGGAAGAAAGAAAUUUCCUUGAACGGCAGAGGAAUUACGAAGAACUCCUGCAAACAGAUGCACACAGCCUGGUGGGAAACACAGAUCAGCUGGAGUGCGCCAUUUGUUUUGGCACCAUCAUGCCAGGAGAGGGCGCCGUUUUAAGAGAGUGCCUUCAUAGCUUCUGCAGGGACUGUCUGAAAGGGACCGUAGUGAACUGCCUGGACGCUGAGGUUUGUUGUCCUUAUGGAGACAACGCUUAUGCCUGUAACUGCAAACUCCAAGAUCGAGAGAUCAAAUCUCUUCUCACUCAGGACGAGUACCAAAAAUUCCUAGAACUGCGGCUGAAUAUCGCUGAGUCCCGCAGUGAGAACAGUUACCAUUGCAAAACCCCGGACUGCGCUGGCUGGUGCAUCUUCGAAGAUGACGUUAACGAAUUUAAGUGCGACAUCUGCAAUGAGACCAACUGCCUCCUCUGCAAGGCUAUUCAUAAAGGAAUGAACUGCAAGGAGUACCAGGACGACCUACGUGUGAGAGCGCAGAACGAUGAAGCGGCUCGGCAGACCACAGAGAUGCUGGAUCAACUGCUAAAGAAUGGCGAGGCGAUGAACUGUCCCAAAUGUCAGGUGAUCGUCCAGAAGAAAGACGGCUGUGACUGGAUCUGUUGUCUAAUGUGCAAAACCGAGAUCUGCUGGGUGACCAAACAAGCCCGAUGGGGACCUUUGGGUGCUGGAGACACAUCAGGCGGAUGCAAAUGUCGAGUAAACGGAGUCCUUUGUCAUCCGCAAUGCCAGAACUGCCACUAAACACUAGCAAAUCGCUAAACGCUACUUCCUCAACAAGCAAAAAAAAAAUGCUACAACAACAUAACACUCCAUAAUGUGAUUUUUGGUUUUUUCAGGUUUCAGGUUUGGCCUUUAAAAUGAUGUAUAUUCAAAUUUUCACUGUCUAGUCUUAUAACUGGUGCAUCCCAAAAAAAGGGUGUUUGAUUGUUUAAAAUGUUUAUAAAAUUAAUUGUACGUUUACAUGACACCAUUUGUAACUUAAUGUGUUUCGGCGCCAUGAAAAUGCUAACUUUGGUUUUAAAGUGAACAUUAUUUUAAAACUAUACAAUAUUUUCAUCUCGUUAAUUUUGAAAAUUCGAUUCUGUAAAAAACUGUGACGUCCUGUGUUAAUAUUUGUCAGAAAAAAAAAAAGUUACGUGCUAACUAAAGAACCAUAUGACCUUAUGUUUCUGUAUAUCGCCACCUACUGGUCUGGCAUACGAAAUACGGCAGUUUUUGUUAUUUUAGAGCAGGGAGCUAUCGCAAACGUAUGUACACAAAAUAUUUUGUGUUUCUAUUAUAUUUCUGUCAUGUAAACGUACCCUAAAAGUAUAUGAGCUUUAAUAUAAAUUUAAAAAUGCCUCAAAUCACUACUGUUUUCUGCUGAACUCAUGCUCUGGGACUUUGUGCAAUGAAACCGAAAGAGAAAGAGCUGUAUUAUGUGGUAUCUGAAUAUUAAUUUGAAGGGAAUCUGUGCUUAGAAUCCAAAGAUGUACUUUUUUUUAAAUUGACAAAUUAUAGCAAAGGAUUCAACAUGAAUCAAUCGAUUAAAGAACAACAGUUCCAUGAAAUUGAGAGAAGUUUUAUAAAAUCCCCAAAAUACUUUAUUGCUGAUAUGUGAUGCAUAUAAUCUUGUAGAUUUAUUUUCUAUUUUUUUAAAGCAUGUGAAUGCAUUAUAAUUCUGUUUACUGAUUUCAGCUUGUUUACAAUGUUUUAUAAUCAAAUAAAGCUGCUAUAAAAAAAUUAA